AAAGCUGAAGACAUUCAGAAAACGUUGAAGCAAGUCCUGUCAAUGCCUGACACUCCUGAUGACUUCAUAAGAUUGUUGGAGUCAAAUGUGAUGGUCCCACCGUUGGAACUGACACCCUCUUUGACACCGAAUGACUAUUUAGCAAGCGCUCCUGGAUACCUGAGUGCCAACGCCAUGUCAAUAUGUGGCCAGGGUGCACGAGCCGUCAGUGUUUGCGUCAGCACUUUACAGGAUAAGAUUAAGUGCGACUGGCUGUCUUCUGUAGCUCGAGUGUACGGGUUGCAGCCAUCACUCUCCUGUCUGUAUGGUGCAGAUUGUCUCUUCUCAGUAGCCAACAAAUCAGCAGAUGUUGUUAUAGUUGAUACUGAUACUCUGAUGCCAGCUGUCAGGGACCACAAUCUGAAGCCACUGUUGGUGCAGUUGCCAAUACAGCUAAAGAAGGCCAAGACUGUUUCAGCAGUUGUCAAAACAAACUCCAGUUUUAAGAAACUCUCAGAUUUGAAAGGAAAGAAAGCAUGUUUUUCUUCUGUCGAUGGAAUGGGUUGGACCUCUUUUACAAUAAAAAUGCAGAAGACUGAUUCUUUAGAAAAAGUAUGUCCGUACACCAAAGCAAUUUCAAAGUUUUUCUCAGAAAUUUGUGUCUCAAAACCAAGUCCGGAUGUGUAUGGUUACUCCAAUAUCAAGAUAUGUCCAGCAGAAUAUAACGAGAUAUCUUACGAUGAAGGAGAGAUACAUGAACUGGCUUAUGAUGAUGAAGCUGUAGCGUUUCAAUGCCUUGCAAUUGGAGGAGGAGAUGUAGCAUUUAUUUCAACAGAUUCCAUUCCACAAUUUUUAGAGCACAUGAAGGGCAAUCCGGAGGCCGAGGGGUUAACGGUGGACAGCUUCCGAGCUCUGUGUGAUAGCAGUUCAGCCAAGCACGAGUGUCAACUCAGCUGGGGCAGUUACAGUCAGGUAAUGGUGCGAGAUAAAAUCCUACCCUCACGGGAAGAAGACGUGAGGUCUUUGUUCACAGGAUUGAACAACUUGUUCGGUCACAUCAAUACACCCUCCACUCGCACGUUCAAUAUGUUUGAGAAAUCUAACAGCCUCUUCGACACAUCGGCUUACAGUUCGCUAGAAAGUGUACAGCAGCGCUUGGAGCAGAUCGAGGAUUUCCUGAAAAAGGCAAAGCUUCGACCUGACAACUACGAGAUCGCUGUGCGAUCUAUGAACAAGUGCUCCACUCCUUCAAGCGCCAACAGGGUUUCUUUAUCUCUGACUACGCUUUUGGUUUUUAUUUGUUUGAUAUUACGUAAUAAUAAUUAACAAUUAGACGUCUAAUAGACGUUUCUGAAGACUGAAAACUUAACAGUUUUUUCUACAUGAUAUAAGCUAGUUCUAUAAUUUUUAUUACUUAAUAAAUUAUGUGUAACUUAGAUUUUAUACUGAAAAUUUGUCAUUUUUAAACUAAAUAAGUAAUCAUUAUUUGACAAUAGGAUGCAUUUAUAUAUUUACUGUUUAAAAUUUCCCCUGUUAGUAUUAACAAAUUAGCGUUUAUAAUAUUUCAAGUUUAAAAUUAAAUAAAAAUUUAAGUAUUUUAUUUUCUUGACUUUGAUAGGUGUUUUUAUAGAUUAUGAUAUAGUGACUGUAUAGUGUAAAACUACGAUCAAAUUUACAUAUUUAUAACAUUGUACUUUUGCGAUAGUAAUAGAUAUGUUGUGUAUUUUUUAUUAUAUUGUUUUAAGUCAUGUAACAUGAGAAUAUAGGUUUAAAGAUUGAAUUAUCAAUAGAAUAAUUAUAAGGAAUUCAAUUAUAUGGAAUGCAAAUAGAUAUAAAUAGCUCAACACCAAAUAUGCCAUUGUUUAUGUUUGUACUUUUAACUAUAUUAACAAAUAUUUUGAUUUGUAUAUAAAAUGUUAUUACAUUCAAA